AUGAGCUCGCCCUCGCCCUCGGGCGUCGGAUCGCCGUCUGCCAGCCCCACGACGCCCCUGCAGACUCUCGCUGGUCUGGCGUCGCGACGCUCCUCGGCCGCGAGCGUAAGGGGGCUGGGCCCGCUGUCGCCCACGCUGACACUCUCCCCGUCAACUGGGCCAACACGGAGCUUUUCCCAGGCGUCUCCCUCAUCAACAGCAACACUCACCUCACCUCCACAACAGGCUGGAUUGUCGCCCGGCGGAUCGAGUCCUGGCGUCUCACCCCGACCGGCGCUGGGAAGAAGAAUGAGCCGCACAGCCGGCAUGACGCUCACUGCUGCUGGUGCUGCGCUGGGAAGUAGCUAUCAGGCGCCAUUGCCUGUCAACGCGAGUGUGGCCAGCCAGCUCUCCCUCAUGGGAAGCACCUUCCUUCCCGACGAUGAGUUUGUCGAGGGCGCGACGGUCUCGAUCAACCAGCCAGUCGGCAGUCUAUCCAUCUCGCCGAGCUCGCGUGACGUGUGUCUGGCGAGCAGGAAGGGACUGUACAUCCUCGACCUCGCCAAUCUGGAGAAGGCCCCGCGGUUCAUCCCUCAAGGAGGUACAUGGCAAAUCGCCGACAUGGACGCGGGUAUUCGCGGCUGGGACCUGCGUGUACAGGGGUCUACGCCUAUCAUUCGUCUCUCGGCGUGGGGAGCCGCCGGCACACAAGUCAAGUGGAACAGGAAGGCGGAGCACAUCCUCGCCACGGCGCACGGGACCCGCGUUCUCGUCUGGGACGACCGGUAUGGCUCCGUCCCCGUCGCGACGAUACAGGCGCACGACUCAAAGAUCUACGGCAUAGACUGGGACCGGCGGCUGCGGCACCGGCUCGUCACCUGCUCGUUGGACAAGACGAUCAAGUUCUGGGACAUUCCCUCUGUCGUCUCCGAAGACGACAGGAGCACACUCGCAAGCGAGGACUUCUCCGCCGGCGAGCCGUUCACGAAUGCAACGAUCCAGACAGGCUAUCCCGUCUGGCGGGCGCGAAAUUUGCCCUGGGGUCAUGGCGUGCUCGCAUUACCGCAGCGAGGGGAGACGGCGCUCGAGAUGUUCGGCACGGACGGGAGCAACGUCCCGAUCGAGCGGUGGGAGGGCUCCUCGGGCGUGGUCAAGGAGUUUGUGUGGCGACGGCGCGGCGGCGCAGACCCCGACUUCGAGGACCGCAACUUCCAGCUCAUCACGUGGAGUCUCGACCGCAAGCUGCGUAUCUGGCCGAUGCCCAAGGAUCUCCUCGAGCGCGCGGGGUACAAGCCCGGCGCUCCUAUCGAUGUUGACGUGACGCGCCGCGGCGCUAUCGACCGCACGUUCUCCGUUCCCCUCGAUCCGCUAGGACAGGCGCUGAAGCCACUCGGACCGGAGAAGCCGACGAUACCCAGUGGAAUCGCACGUCAGCGCAUGCUCCAGCGUCCUGCGCUCACGAGCAUGACCCGCGGUGGUAAGUCGACACGCAAGAUCGGCCAGAUUGAGUGGCUCUCGCGUAUCGUUAAGACUGGCCCGGGCGCUGCCGCGGUCGCCUCCGACUCGAGCGCGGGUCCAUCUCGCGCCCCCUCCGUCGCCGGACGCGACUCGACGAAUGGAUCCAGCUCGCGAUCACGCUCCAAGGGACCGCAUGGCGGACGCACGGAGUCCUUAAGGCACAUGAGUCAGACUCGCGGUCUUAGCCUGACCCGCGCGUCGUCGGUCAACACGGGCGUCGGCACCGAGUCUGUCUCCGACCUGAUUCCGCUCAAGGACGAGGUGCUCUCUGUGCACAAGAUGUUCCCCAAAUCCAAGGUGAACUUUGAGAAGUUUGAUCUAUCUCAGCGCAAGCUGACCAUGUCGCUGAAUGGCCCUUGGGCCAAUGGAGACCGGUACGCCUUCAUCCGCGUGCAUUGGAGCUUCCCCCCGAACUAUCCCUACGGACCUGAGAUCCCGACGUUUGAGCUUGAGCGCAACGCGACUGUCUCCCCGAUCACGCGGCACCGCAUGAUCUCGACGAUCAAGGAAAUGCGGGCUGCAAACCGCCAGUGCCUCAUCAGCGUCACCGAGUUCCUGCUCGGAUACCACGAGCGCACGUCUCGUCGCGUCGUCGACGAGGACUCGGACAGCGACACGGGAGUCGACGAAGCGGCGAACGUGCCUAUGCUGAUCCGCACGACGGGGGCCGCCUUCGGCCCUAACGGGCAGCUCGUGUGCUUCUUUCCGAAACAGACUGUACUCCCGCGAGCGAGGUCGGGACACUCUCGCUCCCCUUCUCGCGAGGACCCAAUGUCAACGCCGCUCGCCAAGGCACUCAGCGCGCUCAGUCGGCUCGAGAACCCGCACAACAAGCCGACAAUGGUCCGCUACAAGCGCCACGUGCGCACGAUGCAGGCCCAGCUGCAGCCGAUGCAAUCUCGCUCCACGCUGUCGCUGUACAACGUCUCGCACCUCGUGCCCGAGCCCGAUCCCGAGCUCGCGCGGCUGUACACGGCAAGCAUCGACGGUAACCUCGUCCACGCGCUCGAAGUCAAGAAGCUGGAGCACGCCGAGGUGUGGGCCGCGCUGCGCGCGCUGCUCACUGACCCUCCACCGCCGUACUCCGACCACGCACCGCUGUCUCGCACAGCAGCAACACACGCGGAGCGUUUCCGAUGGGAACGGGAGAUGGAGCGCAAGCGCUGCGUCGUGGACGGUAUCUUUGACCGCCUCAUGGAGCGCAUGGACAUGCAGAUGCUUGCGCUGGUAUCGUGCUGUCUGCUCGAGUACGAGCAGAGCGCGCCGCCCCCACCGGCGAUCGAGGAGGUCGCGCAGCCCGAACCGUCCUACUUCGGUAUGCGGAAGGUGAGCCGUGCGUCGGCCGGCAGCGGCGGAACCUCCGGCACGGCCGUCACGCCCUUCGGCCCCGGAAGGAGAAGCAGCAGCCUUACCCCCUCGACGCCUGUCAGCGCUACGGGCCCAGGCAGCCUUAGGACGAGUGGCUGGAGCCAGAUCUUAAUGAAUCCCUCAUCAAUCAGCUUAAGGGGCAUGGCGUUGACGCCGCGCGACCGGACGUCGUUCGACCAGGAGCGCACUCCCGGGUCGUACGAGGAGCGCUCGCCGGUUGCAAUUCCUGGCACGCCCUCGCGGCACGACCACCCCUUCACGCGACACGAGAGUCACUCGUCGAUCACGGGUUUGCCGGGGCUGCCGUCGCCGAGGCGUAGGGCUACGCGCCCCUUCGCCCGCUCGGGCAGCAUGGCUCUGGCUUCCCCGCCGCUGCCCCCUGUUCCGCCGACACCAACAGGCCGGAGCGUGGACGAGCGUGCUGCGACCGCCUCGGCUUCGUCUGUCCCCGAGUCGAGCAACUUAGCGACGUCCGCGCCCAGGACGGGAACGAAGGUAUCUUUCGGCAACUCCAGGCAAACUCGAACGCCGCCGGAUGACUUGCGGCGUGCACCUCGAGUUCUCCUCGGACGCCCCACCUCCGAGCUUGCUCCGCUCCGAGCUCCUACCCUUGGCAGAGCUGUGGAAACUGGCUGCGCCGACGGCGGGCUCAGUGCCAACUUCAGCCAGACCCGUCCAGAGGGUCCGACGCGGCAAGUCCUCGUCGAAGACCCAAGGACGCAGGCAUCGAAGCGCUUCGAGCGCAGUAGCCGUUUCGUCGACCUGACGGGCGGCAACUCGCGCCCAGCUUCGCGCUCUCGUGAGCGGAAACGCGAUGCCGGCUCGUUCGGUAGUGUGGGGAGCGGAUACUCGGCCGCUGGGGGGUAUGCGCAGGGCGGCUUCAGCAGCUUCGGGGGUGAGCUCGGGCUCAAGCUCACGCCGAGCCAUACCGAUGAAGAGGAGUAUCAUUCGCAGUCGAUUGCGGCGCUCCAGAGUGUGGAGCAGCGGGACGCGGAACGAGAACGCGAAGGGAGGGAUAGAGAGAGGGAACGCGAGAGGGAGAUGAGUCCCCCGCCCCGCGAGGCUGCGAGGGAGGGUAUGCUCGCGAGAGCCAGGGCUAGGGCGCUAGGGCCGGAAGGCAUCCUGCCGUGGUAG